GUUCGCCAGUCCUAUAAAAACCCGGAGGACGUUGGUCGUCUCGACAUUACUCGGCCAGAUAGUCCUGUCGAUUGAUCCGAGAUGAAAGUCACCGUGAAUCCCGUCUGCGCCCUGGCGUUGCUACUCUGCUUGACGUUUCGCGCUUCCGGCGAAUAUUCCGAAUUGAGAGAAUUGGCGAACGGAUCAAACGAUGGCAGAACGCCGAGCAACUUCGGUUCCUGCAUCGAGGGAAAGUGCAUCAAGCGCGCGCAGGAAGUCAGCGGCAUGUGGUUCGGUCCACGAUUGGGAAAACGACACAGACCUGACGAGAAGCAGCUGAUUAAUCCUGAGAUGCUAGUGAAUUCUCUGGACCAACCUGGCGUGCGCUGGGCCGUCGUCGCGAUUCCGACUAAUGAAAAGAGGCAACCGCAAUUUAUACCGCGCUUGGGACGAGGAUCGGAAGAGGACUUAUUCUCUUACGGCGAUGUGACAGACAGGAAUGAGCUCGACGAUGACGAGCCGAUGAUACCGCCGAUAUUCGCGCCGCGUCUAGGGCGUCGCGUUCCCUGGAUACCGUCGCCGAGACUCGGACGUCAAUCACGCAGCGUAUCGCAUAAAAUGUAGGUAUCCAUGACAAGAGGCAGAUCAUCGAAAAUUGCGAGAAAAGAGUGAUCACUUAGUAAAAAACCUAUCCAAUUGUGAGAAUUUCAACGAAGCGUCAAACAAAAUUAUAGUAUAAUACUAUAUUAAGAUAUAAAGAAAUAAAGUACUUACGUUUAUUUGUAUUUCGAAA